UGUGUACAUUCACCGGUUGCUAAGCGCAGCUAUCACUCUCUGUGUCACUACAGUGAAUACUUUUGGUGCCUUUAGACUCGUAGUCAAAACACAAGAAGAUGAAGGUGGUUGCUUUAAUAAGUGGGGGCAAAGACAGCUGCUACAACAUGAUGCAGUGUGUUGCUGCUGGGCACCGGAUCGUCGCUCUGGCCAACCUGCGCCCUGCUCACACAGAUGAGUUGGACAGCUACAUGUACCAGACAGUGGGCCACCAGGCUAUAGAGCUGUAUGCUGACGCCAUGGAGUUGCCUCUGUACAGACGCACCAUCCAGGGGUCCAGCCUGGACACCAGCAGAAACUACAGUGAGACAGAAGGGGAUGAGGUGGAGGAUCUGUAUCAGCUGCUGCUCCUCGUCAAGGAAAAGGAGGGUGUCGAAGCAGUGUCUGUAGGGGCCAUUCUCUCCGAUUACCAGAGGGUCCGUGUGGAAAAUGUAUGUUUGCGGCUUGGUUUGCAGCCCUUGGCCUACCUGUGGCGCCGAGACCAAGAGUCUCUGCUCUCGGAGAUGAUAUCAUCUGACCUCCGUGCUAUCCUCAUCAAAGUGGCCGCCUUCGGCCUGGAUCCAGAGAAGCACUUAGGAAAACCUCUGGCUGACAUGGAGCCCUAUUUGAAACAGCUCUCCCAGAAAUAUGGAGUCCACAUUUGCGGAGAAGGAGGUGAAUAUGAAACCUUCACCCUUGACUGUCCUCUCUUCAAGAAGAAGAUAGUUAUUGAUGCAGCAGAGACAGUGAUCCACUCAGCAGAUGCCUUUGCUCCAGUUGGCUACCUGCGCUUCACCGAAAUGCACACAGAGAACAAAGACAGCGAUGUGGUGGCGAGAGCUUUGCCCCAUGGUAGUUGUCCUUGCCAGAACGCCAUUGACAAGAUGACUGAGGAGGUGGAAUAUGCUGAUCAAGCUGAAGACAACCAGCACAAAUUUACAUCAAAUUGUGACCUUAGUUGUCAGCAGGGCCACGACUUUCCUCCAUCCUGCUCAUCAAGAAGCUCUAGAGGCUAUCAGUGGAUCUCUGGCAUCAGUGGCCUUAAGAGCAAAGACCCUGGGAUCCAGGGCCAGACAUCGGAGGCUUUCAUCCAGCUGCAAAGGGAGUUGGACAGCAGAGAGUGGAAGAUGAAGAACAUUAUUCUGGUUCACCUGUAUGUGAGGAACAUGGAAGACUUUGUUGCACUCAAUGCAGUCUAUAAGAAACACUUUGACACAAACCCUCCAGCCAGAGUGUGUGUCCAGGCACCUCUACCUGCCGGUCAGCUGCUGCAGAUGGACUGUCUGCUCCAUGACUGGACUGAGCCCCCGGAGGAGGGCUGCUUCCGCCAGAGAGAAGCCCUGCAUGUCCAGAGCUUGUCCCACUGGGCCCCAGCCAACAUCGGCCCCUACAGCCAGGCCCUCAGGGUGGAUGAGGUGGUGUUCUGUGCAGGUCAGAUUGCUUUGGUUCCCUGUACCAUGCAGUUGGUAAAAGCCGGCACCUACACGCAGACCCGCUUGUGCUGCAGUCACGUGAAGAAGGUUCUGGAGGCCGUGAUCGGCAGCUUGACUCUGGCUCAUAUUGUCCAGAUCCACUGCUACACCACACGACACCAAGACAUCGGGAUGAUCAGGGCCGUCUGGGAGAGCGUGCUGAGGGCCGCGGAGGAAGAGAAGGAGUUGCUGUGGGAAUCUGAGAUGAUCAAACUCGCACAAUUACUGGUGGUCGUUGUGCCUGCCUUACCCAAGAAUGCAGCCGUUGAGCUUCACGUAACCGCAGUUCAGGACGAUCCCGCCGAAAGAACAGUCUGUCACACGACUACAGCGGUGCCGUGUGGAUCCAUCGAGUGCCACACUGUACUGUCUUCUGACUGCCGUAGCGCUUCGCUGUCGCUCUCCCUGGCUGCCCGUGGUGAGAACCUGGAGGUCACUGAUGUAAAGAGUGUAACAGAAGAAGUUGCCACUGCUUUCAAGGAAGCAGUGAAGAAGAUGGAGCUGGUGUCACAGUGUGCUCGGGUCUUCUACAAGUGCAACCACUCACUGGCUCAGCAGAUUGUUAAAGGACUUGAAGAAAGUUUCAAAAGUGCUCUAGCAGAUUCCAGUCCGUCCAUGGCCCUGGUUCCAGUCCUGGACUUGCCUGACUCCCAGAUCCUCCACCUGUCCUGCUGGCUCAGUUUAUAGAAACACAGCCAGAGUCAACAACCAGACUCCAGCCAUCCACAGCACUGGAAUUCAGUGGAGCUUUUCUGGAGGAACAACUCUUGACAGCCCAACACCUAAUGACUUACAACAGGGCAUCGGUAAAUGUGGAAAAGAAAAAACUGCAUAACUGCUCAUUAAUGCUGACUGCUUAGUGCAGCUGAUUGUUGAAAUGCAAAGCUGUAUGUGUCUCCAAGUGGUUUUGAUGGUGUGCGGUUUUGAGGAUGUGUUUAUUCCAUUUCAAGCCCCUGAACUUAGGCCAGUAAUCCACUCUGUCCUCCGCUGGAGUUGUAUACUGCAGCAGCUGUUACUUCUACCUCACACAAGUCUUAUGGAACUUAUAUAACCUAAAGCCACAUACCAGAGGACUAGAGAGCCUAGUCUACAAAAGGAGACACCAGCAGUGUCUCAUUCCACGAGGCGAUAAACUGUAUCCCCUGAUAUCCCACCGUUUCUGGUAGAAUUUCUCUUAGCACGCUAGCUAACACCCCUCAUAAAGGCCUAGCACCGCUGCUGACACCAUCUGUUCAGCUGUAAACCUAUAGAUUUACUGUGUGACUGGUUUGUGGCUGUGUGUGAUGUGUUAGGAUGAGGCGAGUGUGUUUCUCUUGCUCAUGCUCCGCGGGACUCAAGGUAUGUUAUUAUUGUGUAAUAGGCAAUCAGCACCAAGCACCUGAAAAGAUUAAGCCUCUUUAUGCUUUCUAUUGAUUCUAAGGCAGCCUGGUUAAUAGGAGAAGGACGCCACCGCGCACCGCCGCGGGCCAAGCGAGUGUAUGAGUGUGUGCGUUGGUCAUCAUGAGGACACAGUGUGACCAUGUGGGAAGAAAAUAACACUAUUAACCAUUGCUCCUGGAACAUUUCUUUUCUCAAAGAUCAUGAACCGUAUUGAUAAUCGGAGUUGGAACGCAUCUUCAGCCCGACUGUUCUCUUCAUCACGGCUUGUGAUGGCAGCAGAGUGGAGUGGAGCUAUUGAUCUUCGCCCACCACAGUGUUGUUUUGAUUAUUGUUAUCAAAAAUUGAACAAUAGAGGCGGCCAAUGGAGCCUGAAGAUUUUUAUUGAGGGUUGAAAAACACAAACAAGCAAUUAUUUAUGAGAGCGAGCAAGCCAAUGCCCCGUAACUAUACCGUGUGUGUUAAUGUUCCCCUGUUUGGUUUGAAAAGGCCCCACCAGGAGGAUUUUCUGAAUUUCUGAAUGGCGCAGCGAUCAAGUAGUAAGAUUUGGAUGUUUCUCAUUAGCCGUUUUCACGCACUCCUACAUGUAAGUAAACACUCGUAAAUUUCAUCUGCAAACAUUUAAUUAUAUUUAAAUGUUUUCAAUAGAUGUGGCUGUUUAACACCCACAGAUUUGGCAAAAACACACAUAGUAAAGAGAGAGUGUUUACUCUGUCACUUAUCUUAGUUUUUAAUUGUCUGAAUGCAGCGUGUUGCCAAAUACGACGAUGCACGUCUUCCUUAGCUGCUGCUUUACAAAGAAGAUUGAGGAGCGGUUUUGUUCAGAUUAAGUGAUGCAAAUGAAGAAGAAACACGUCAGACAAGGGAAAUCUGUUACAAUCACACUGAACAGAAAUAUAAAUGGUCUUCUUUUCUGACUUAGAGAAAAAGUUUUAAAAAUCUCAUCUUAAAGAGGUAAAUUUAACCAACUGUGUACAAAAAGUGUUUGAACCAUUCAGCUGGUAACAAGUUCAGUUAAUCCACAGCCUGGUCAGCUUUGGCUUGAAUGAUCCGAUAGUGUGACAGGUACACAUAUACGGCUUUGAACAGCAACUAUGAAAGUGUACCUUGAAAUGCAGCUUUAUUCAUAUGACCUGAUGACAAGAGAAAGACGAGAACAGGCUGAAUGCUGCAUGUCAGUUAAGGCUGCAGCUUGAAUGUCCACAACUUCACUAUUUGUCGUCUAUGAGAUCAUUUCAGACCGUGGACAAUCUGCCACAUGAUGCGUGAUCCUCUCCGCCAAAAUGUCCACCAACUUCACAUGGGACAACCUCAAUAGCUCAGUGUGUCGCAGACUUCACUGAUUUGUGAUUUCUGGUUUACGACCUUAGUCUCCAUCUGCCCGUUACCAUUUCCAGUGUAGCGCAUGCUUGGUUGUUUUGUGACGGCCACUCUGUUGUAAAGAUGUUGCGUGUUGGAGCAGCAGAUACUUAUUCCCCUAUUUUGAUAAGAAUAAAUAAAAGUAAAAUAUUA